UGUCAUAAUAAAAUACUUAUACUGUAUAAAAUAUUAAAUAUAAAAGAUUUUAUGUAUAAUUAUUGUUAACUAAAUUACAUUAAAUAUGUUAAUGGAAAUAAUCUAACAAUGGUGAUAAAUCAAAUUCAAAAUGGGACACUUAUUAAUUGUUUAGUAAAUAUAAAUUACGUAAUUAAUUAAUUUUUGACACAUUUGAUUAAGUAUUUUGUCAACAAUGCAGAAAGAUUGUGGAUGCGGCCAUUCACGACUAUUACCAGCAAAUUUAUGUUGUGUGUGUAACGAGAGUGCUCCAGAAUCAUUGUUGGAAACAACAAUAAAAUGUAUAUUGAACAAUCUUCAUACCAUAUGCGAUAAAAAACAAACUUUAUAUAGAUUAAAAAAAGGUAUUGUCCUACCUAGUGAAAUAUGCGACCAAUUAUUAGCCCAAUGUCAACAAUUACAGAAGGUAGAUAAUAAAUUCUUGGGUAUAUUUUACGAUAGGACGUGUACACGUUUAAAACGUGUAGUUUUAAAUCACACAGAUAUUACCGAUGAAUCACUUUCUAUAUUAUUACAAAGACAUGAAUUAAUCGAAUUAGAUUUAGGUAACUGUCCGUAUAUAACGGAUGAUGCGCUCAAUUUAAUAUAUUCGUAUGGUAGAUCAUUGAAAUCGUUGGCGUUACGAAAAGAUUGUCCAAUUGUUUCGAUGUAUGACCAUAUGAUUGAUUUAAUGCAAGGAUUGGCAUGUAAUUUAACACAAUUACGACGUUUUACGUUACACUCGUUGCGUAUAACGUUACAACCGGAAAAACCGAACAUAUUCGAUAAAUUGUUAAGUAAAUUAACGGCAAAUUUAACGUAUUUAGAUUUAUCAGAAUGUAGUGGAUUAGGUGAGAUGCAAUUUUUAGAUAAAUUUACAAAUUUACAAUCGUUAGUAUUAUAUAAUGUACCCCGUUUGCAAGAUGCCUUUUCAAAUAUAUGUAAAGUAAAAACGUUAACACAUUUAGAUAUAUCACAAUCGUUAUCAUCGAGACAUAAUAAUGGUGUUUAUGAGAAUGAGAAUAAAGUGCUAGCAACAAUUGUUGAAAGUUUACCGCAGUUAAAAUCAUUAGAUAUAUCUGGUACAAAUUUAGCGGGAUCAGGUGUUGCUGAAGAAGGUUUUAAACAUUGUACAGAUAUACCGGGUUUAGGUACGCGAGUGAAUAGACCCUUGGAUUUUCUGGGAUUAUAUGGGACACAUCAUGCAGCAUGUCGUCGGCAUGAUAUACCUGCAGAAAAGGUAUCUGGUGAUGCGACUGAGGAACAAAUUUUAAUAGCUGCUGCAGCGUAUCUAGAUAGAGCUGAUGUGCUUCAACGUGUAUUAAACGACUUGUAUCAUAUGUUUAGAUUUGAGACAUGUCAGUAUAUUGGCCAUGCGUUGAGUAUUAUUUUACAAUCGAUGGAUCGACAUCCACGAAAGAAACAAAUACAGGUUUCAAGUAGUGCGACACUAUUUUAUAUUGUGAAGGGAAAAGAUCGUAGCAGUUUUGGAGUGCGUAUUAAACGACAUAUGAUAUCUACAUUGUUGAAUGCAAUGUAUUAUCAUAAGGAAGACGAUACCAUGAUGCGUAAUGGAUGUUUAACUUUAUGUCAAUUUAAGAUACCUCAAGAUGUGCUAUUUGAAUACGAAAGAUUAGUGCAAAUUCUAUUACAUUCGGUAUCGGAAAUGCAACAAGAAAGUUUUGUCCAACGAAUAGGCAUUUAUUUAUUAAACACAUUAGCUUGCCAAGUUGGUGGAAGGCAAAAACAACGUCUUGGUGACUUAGGCGUUAUAAAUAAAAUGUUAAAUAUUAUUGAAGAAAGAUUAAGCCGAGGUGUAUGUGAUGACGUCUUAGAAGUUGCCUGGAGUACUAUGUGGAAUGUAACUGAUGAGACACCAUUGAAUUGUCGUCGAUUUUUAGAUGCAAAAGGAAUGGAAUACUUUUUAGAUUGUUUAAAGGGUUUUCCGGAUCAAGAAGAGCUGUUACGAAAUAUGAUGGGAUUAUUAGGAAAUGUUGCUGAAGUGAAAUCAUUAAGACCACGUUUAAUGACAUAUCAAUACAUACAAGUGUUCUCAAAUUUAUUGGGAUCCAGUAGUGAUGGCAUUGAGGUAAGUUAUAAUGCUGCUGGUGUAUUGGCUCAUAUGGCUUCAGAUGGCCCAUCAGUAUGGUUAUUAUCGCAACCCAAUAGACAAGAGGUGUUAGAUCGUAUGACAAAUGCAAUUGAACGGUGGACUUUGACUACAGAACGCAAUAUUAAUUAUCGAUCAUUUGAACCUAUUUUAAAUUUAGUACAAGCUUAUCAUACACCUGAAUGUCAACAUUGGGCUGUAUGGGCGUUAGCAAAUUUAACUACAGUAUAUCCUGUAAAAUACUGUUCAUUGGUACAACAAGAAGGUGGAAUAAGUCUUUUACGUGAACUACUUAAUCAUGAAGAACCACCCGAGCGUGUUAAGAGUUUAGCGUCAAUAGUUAUAAGGAAUUGUACACAAUUUAAUAAAAAUGGUUAUGUGGAAUCAGUUGCACCAUUAGAUGGAUAAA